UGGGAAGUUCGAAUGUCAGGCUCGCACGGUGUACCCUACUUCUUCAACCAGCAAACGAAACAAUCCAGCUGGGAACUCCCUGCCACGGCUGAAUAUUUGGGAGGUGGAGACGGGGGGCGGCCGUCACGCAUUCGUGCUAGCCAUCUGCUCGUGAAGCACAGCGGCAGUAGGAGGCCCUCGAGUUGGAAGGAGCCUAAUAUCACGCGCUCCAAGGAAAAGGCAAUCGCUUUGCUCAUAGCGUACAACAAUGAGAUCAACGGAUCUGCUUCCAAGUUCGCUGACCUCGCUCGUGUUCACUCCGAUGACUCCUCUCAUGAUCACGGCGGAGAUCUUGGCUGGUUCAAGCCUGGACAAAUGCAGAAAUCUUUCGAAGAUGCUGCGUUUGCUCUCCAGGUGGGGCAGAUUAGCGAGGUGGUAAGCUCAGACAGCGGGGUUCAUCUCAUCAUGAGGACGGGUUGA